AUGUCCACCUCUCAGCUCAAGUCGCCGCUUGUCGGAUACGAGAACGCAGAGCCACUGCCUACCACCUUCAACGCGGACGGCAAGUCGUACUACAACCCUCCAGCCCCGCGCUCCGCCGCAUACGACGACUUCCCCGCACCGAUCAAGUCAGCGAACAACGGCUUCGACUUCCACAUCUACUAUCACCCCGGCGCGGCCCAAGAGGCUAAGUACGCGGCGGAGCUGCACGAGCGCAUCCGACGCGAGUUCCCCGAGCUCCGCAUCUACAAGCUGUUCGACAGGGCCGUCGGCCCCCACCCGGUCCCCAUGUUCGAGGUGAACGUGUUCACACCCCACCAGACCGGCACCUUCUUCUCGUGGCUUGUGGUGAACCGUGGUCCCCUCUCUGUCCUCAUUCACCCCAACACCGGGGACGCGUACCGGGACCACACCGAGCUCGCGACGUGGAUGGGCACGCCGUACCCCUUGUACGGCGGUAUGUUGAAAGGACACUAGGCUAGGGUAAUGACUAGGUCCAGCGAUGUAGUCAGCAUGCUUCUGUAUAGUAUAUCAAUC